AUGACAUGUAAUAAUGAAACAAAUAUUCUUAUAGGAAAUAAUCAUCAUCAAUAUGAAAAUUAUACAGGAUCGGAUAAUUCAACAAUAGUCACAAUUUAUGAUUGUUCUGUAUGUUCAUUACCAAUAUGUGAUCAAUUUGUUUUUAAAGUCAAUGAAAAUCAUUUUCAUUCCUUAUGUUUAAAUUGUUGUGAAUGUCAUAUAAAAUUACUUGAUAAAUGUUAUGCUCGAGAUGGAAAUGUUUAUUGUAAAGAAGAUUUUUUUAGAAAAUUUGGUACAAAAUGUGCAUCUUGUGGUAGUGGUAUUCCACCAAGUGAAAUAGUACGACGUGCAAAUGAUUAUGUUUAUCAUUUACAAUGUUUUUCUUGUCUUAUUUGUCAUCGUCAAUUAAAUACAGGUGAAGAAUUUUAUUUAUUUGAUGAUCAAAAACUUGUUUGUAAAAUUGAUUAUGAUACAUUAAAAAAUAAAGAAUUUGAUGAUACAAGUAAAAGACCACGUACAACUAUUACACAAAAACAACUUGAAGUUCUUAAACAAGCCUAUAAUACAAGUUCAAAACCAGCACGACAUAUACGAGAAUCAUUAGCAGCUGAAACUGGUUUAGAUAUGCGUGUUGUACAAGUUUGGUUUCAAAAUCGUCGUGCUAAAGAAAAACGAUUAAAAAAAGAUUCUAAUAGACGAUGGCAAAAUGUUAGUCGUAAUGAUGGAACAAAUCAACGAAAAACAAAAAGAAUAAACAUUGAAAAAAAUCAACAUAUACAUCAAGAAGACGAUACGAGUAAUGAAGGUGAUACUGCUGCAUCUUAUGAUGAAUUAUCCGAACAUGAAUCAGAUGAUUCUUUAUCACAUGUUAGUCAUACGAAUCCAAUCUAUUCGAAUGUUAUAUCGCGAGUACCACAACCACCAUCCAACGAAUUAUUACCAUUCGAUUCACCUUAUACAUAA